AGAACCGCCCAUGUUGACAACCUUCCACCUUCCCUUCCCUUCCCUCACACGCCCGGGGCCGGUGCGCGGUGGAUAUAAAGAGGCCGCACUGCACCGGGCAUACAUCGUCCCCGACGCUUCCCAACACAACAGACAUGAAACUCGUACUCCUCGCCUGCCUGGCCGCCGUGGCCGUUGCCGCUCCCCAGUUCAACGACGGCCGCCCAAUUGUCCUCGUCCUCCGUGACGACCGUCAGGACAACGGCGACGGAAACUUCAACUUCGCUUUCGAAGCCGAUAACGGUAUCGCGGAGGAGAGGAGCGGCACCCCCGGUCUGGAGGGCCAGUCCAACAUGCAGGGCUCCUUCAGGUUCCCUCUCCCUGACGGCACCUUCGCUGAGGUUCGCUAUGUCGCUGACGAAGGAGGUUUCCGCCCUGAGUCCCCGCUCCUCCCGACUCCCCACCCUCUCCCUGCCCACGCCAUCGAGCAGAUCCGCAUCGCCGAGGAGCAGCGAGCAGCGGGCAUCACCUUCGAAUAGAAUAAUCACCUUUUCACACAACGUUCCACACACUUCGCCGGCAUUUCUUCCUUGAUAUCCUUCUGUACUGAAUACAUUAUUUACAUUCCAUGUA